AAGAUAACUUUGGACGCACAUAACAGAUAAGCCCGUUGUACAACAUGGAACAGAACGGCGAGCAGGGCAACCUGUCCCAGGUGAGGCGAGUUGUUUUGGUUCUUUCUGGGAAAGGUGGAGUCGGGAAAAGCACUAUAACCACAGAGCUGGCCCUCGCGCUCCGACACGCAGGCAAGAAGGUGGGUAUUUUGGAUGUGGACCUGUGCGGUCCCAGUAUCCCGCGUAUGUUGUGUGCGGGCCGGCCGGACGUCCAUCAGUGUGACAGCGGCUGGGUCCCCGUUUACACGGACGCCCAGCAGAACCUGGCCCUCAUGUCCAUCGGGUUCCUGAUGGAGGAUCCUGAUGAGGCCGUGGUGUGGAGAGGACCAAAGAAAACAGCUCUGAUUGGUCAGUUUGUGAGUGAUGUGGCAUGGGGGGAGCUGGACAUUCUCCUGGUAGACACACCCCCUGGCACCUCAGACGAACAUCUGGCUGUUCUUGAGAACCUCCGCAAACACAGAGUAGACGGAGCCAUUCUGGUCACUACUCCACAGAGUGUGUCUACGGGCGAUGUCAGGCGAGAGAUUACGUUCUGUAAGAAGACCGAUGUGCGAAUCCUCGGCAUUGUAGAAAACAUGAGUGGCUUUGUGUGUCCACACUGCUCUGAGUGCAGUAAUAUCUUCUCUAGAGGUGGAGGAGAGGAGUUGGCCAAGCUGACCGGCUCUGUGUUCCUGGGCGCUGUUCCACUGGAUCCUCUCCUCAGUGCCAGUUUGGAGGACGGCCGUGACUUCCUUCAGGCUUUCCCGGACAGCGCCACCUUCAGCUCCAUUAGUGCUAUAGCACAGACACUGCUCAGCAGGCUGGAGGGAUGACUGACACGCACGCACUAACAACAGCACGAGAAACCCGCAGCAGUGAUUUAGAGCCACUCUUUACAUUCUCCUGACAAGAUUUCAGGACGGUUCUCACAAACACACCUGGUGUUUUUUUUGUUUUUCUACCGUCGGUGCUGACGGUUUGGCUGGUAGUGUUACUGAGAUGUGUGUGUGUGUGUGUGUGUGGUUGAGAAUGUGAGAUCAGAAGGUCGGGGAACGGACUGGACCAAGGGAACCGAGGCCAAGUGACAGAUCUGUGUGUACAGGAAUGGAGCGGUUCCACCACUGAACCAGUAACGUCUGUAAUAAAAAGCUUAUUCUCACAGUCUGA